AUGAAGGAGCAGGCAGAUGCGGCUCCGAGUAUUUUCCAACGCGCCCAAUCUACUCUGCUCCGCCAUGCUCCUUCCACUCGCGGAGACGUCGCCAAGGGCGCUGGUAUCUUCAAGACCCGUUGCGCUCAGUGCCACACCCUCGAGGCUGGCGGCGCCAACAAGGUCGGCCCCAACCUCCACGGUCUCUUCGGCCGCAAGUCGGGCCAGGCUGAGGGCUUCACCUACACCGCCGCCAACGUCAACAAGGGCGUUGUGUGGGAGGGCCAGACCCUCUUCGAGUAUCUUGAGAACCCCAAGAAAUACAUCCCUGGCACCAAGAUGGCCUUCGCCGGCCUGAAGAAGGCCAAGGACAGGAACGACCUCAUCGCGUUCAUGGACAAGGAGUGCAAGUAA